CUUCAAACAUGUUGGUGUUUCUCAUUCGAAGCCUGAAUAGAUUGUAGAAAAAGAAAACCAUUCCCAUUUAACCUUCAAAUAUGGAUAUAGACGAUUCACCACGUAGUGGGGGCAGUACUCCUGUUAUGGAUGAGCCAACAUACCACGAGGAGGACUCACAGCAGGAGAUGGAUGUAAACAAAGGAGAAAGUGACAAUGAAGAGGCUGGUGAUACUGAAUUUGCCAGGAAUAGAGAGUCCAAUAUGGAUGAUGAUUAUGUAAGUGAUGGUGGAGAAGUGGAACGGGAGGAAGUGGAGAGAGACAUGGGAGAUGAUGACGAGGGGCCUGCAUCUCCAGAAAGUGGACCAAUGUCACCGGAAGGGUCUAAUCCUGCCUCUCCAGCAGGUCCUCAAUCCCCUGUGGAUGGACCUGGCUCUCCAGAGCAGGAUGAAGGACCUGCAUCACCAGUUGGUAGCUACGAGGGAUCAGGAUCCCCACGAGGUAGUGGCAGUCCACCUGGAUCCCCUGAAGAAGGCCCCUUGUCUCCUCCUCCCUCACCUGCAUCUCCUGAGGCUCAAGGACCAGCAUCACCUGAUGGUAGUGGUCCUGCUUCUCCAGAUGAACCUAGAUCCCCUGGAUCUCCAGGAUCAAAUAGAAGCAGAUCUCCAAUUCAAAGUCCAAAUGGCUCACCUGCUAGAAGCAGAAGUAAUUCACCAGAUCACAGUCAAAGGAGUUCUAGAAGUAGGUCAGGUUCCCCAGCCAGAAGUCAGUCAGGAUCCCCAGCAAGAAGUCGCUCAGGUUCUCCUAGAAGCAGAUCUGGAUCACCAGUACGGAGCAGAUCGGGUUCACCGAGAAGCAGAUCAGGAUCACCAAGAAGUAGGUCAGGUUCACCAAGAAGCAGAUCAGGUUCACCAAGAAGUAGGUCAGGUUCACCAAGAAGUAGAUCAGGUUCACCAAGAAGUAGGUCGGGUUCACCAAGAAGCAGGUCAGGUUCACCAAAAAGCAGGUCAGGUUCACCAAGAAGUAGGUCAGGAUCAAGAAGUAUUUCACGUUCAAGAUCCAGAUCAAGAAGUCGAUCUGGCUCCAGAAGUAGGUCUCGCUCAAGAAGUCGUUCAGCAUCCCCAAGAAGCAGAUCAGCAUCACCAGCAGCUGGAAGUGAUGAAGAAAAAGAGAAGGAAAAAGCACCUGGUAGUGAUGAUGAAAAUGACACAGAUAAAGAUGAAUUAAUAGCGGACAUUUUUGGCUCAAGCGAUGAAGAUGAAGAAUUUGAGGGUUUUGAAGAGGCAGAUGUGGAAGCAGCAAAGAAGAAGAAAGAGAAGAAGAAAGGAAAGGAAUCCAAGGCUAUUGUGUCUGAUGAUGAGGAAGGGGGUGGAGUCACGGGGGCAGUGGAGGAGACCCAGGGGGUACUUCCUGAUGUAUCCUCCGAUGAGGAGGUCAACAAAUCUGACAUGGUGUCAGAUUUUGAUUUGAUGUUAAUGAGAAAAAAAGAAGAAAUGAGAAAAAGAAAGAAGAGACGGCGAGACGUGGACAUUAUUAAUGAUAAUGACGAUCUCAUUGCUGACAUGAUUGUCAAAAUGAAGGAAGCUGCAGAGGAUGACCGUGAACUCAACAUGCAGAAAAAACCAGCCAUUACCAAACUGAAGAUGCUAACUCAUGUGGUAUCUCAACUGAAGAAAGCUGAUCUUCACUCGGCCUUCCUGGAUUGUGGAGUGCUCAGUGCUAUGACGGAAUGGCUAGCUCCUCUACCAGACAAAAGUCUGCCCCAUUUACAAAUCAGAGAAAAGUUUCUACGCAUCCUACAAGAGUUUCCAGCCAUCAGUCAAGAAGGGCUGAAGGCAAGUGGUAUUGGUAAGGCCAUUAUGUAUCUGUACAAACAUCCAAAGGAAUCCAAAGAAAACAAGGAGAGGGCAGGCAAACUCAUUAAUGAAUGGUCUAGACCCAUCUUUAAUUUGACAUCUAACUUCAAGAUGUUGUCCAAACAGGAAAGAGAGGAAAGAGACUAUGAACAGCUGCCAAAGAAGAGAAGAGUCAGUGCAGAGGGAAUGACUCCCAGAAGAGACAUUGACAAAGCUUUAGUAGGUGAAGAUAAACAGCUAAGACCAGGUGAUAAGGGUUGGAUAAACAGAGCUAGAGUACCUAUGCCAUCACACAAAGAUUACGUUGUACGUCCCAAAUGGGCAGUAGAAGAAGGAAUGCAAGGAAAGAGCUCUGGAAAGAAAGCGCCAUCCAGGUAUGAUAAGCAUGUGAGAGCAUUUGCUGAAAAGAAGAAGUUCAGUAAGGCCCAGAGGGCAGUGACUAUCAGUAUAGAGGGCAGAAAUAUGGCCCUCUGAGUCAUCAAAGGUCAGACACUAACAUGUCUCACUUAAGUUGUGAAACUACUAUCACAGACACGGGGUAUUUUGGUAGGACUCUCAGAGAAAGAACAUGCAUAUUGAGUUUGCGAAAGCAGACAUCUGUGAAGUGAGGAAUUUUUGAGUAUUUAGUACAAGUGUGUGUAAAUGUAUCAGGGAGGAAUAUAUGACAUUCAUCAUGUGAUUAAUAACUUUCACCAUUCAACAUUUGUCUGGAGUAUGUAUGUGACUUAGGCAUUCCCAUUCAUAUGGCAUAUAUUAUGAAGAAUGUUUUAAGGACAUUGUCAGUGCAGACAAUCCCAUGGUGCUUGCAGUUGAGAAUUAGAAAGUGUGUAUCGUUUAUUAGUAUCCAUCUGUGUGAAUUGAGAGCACAUUAAUUUUCAAACGUUUUCAAAUGCUUAAAAAGGUUUUGGUUUUUCAGAGAGGAAAUAUUUGCUGGUGAUUGUGUACAUGUGCUACAAUAUCAUAGCUUGUAAAUCACAUUUAUUUUACUUAUUUAAAGUUUAUAUCUUUUUAAAGAUGUGAAAAUACAAGAGGUUCUGUAACCAAUUUUCAGCCAAAUUUAUGUUACAUAAAUAUGCAUUCUCCUAUUUAAAAAAAAAGAUUGUAAUACCGGGUAAAAACAGAUACAGUUCAUAAUGGAAAUGCUGUUUUUUCAUUCCAUAACAAAUGGAAAUAAAAAUCGUUUGUCCUCUA